GCAGUUCCCCUAUGAGCCGUGAUCAAUGCGUGAGCUUAUUCGGUGCCCUCCCUGCUUUGCCACAUGCGGCGUCCGGCUAGGCAAGACUCAUUGAUGCUGAUCGCUCAAACCUGCCCUGGUCGUUCCCGACCACCUCUGUCUCAACUGUUCAGAACCCAGCAUUAGGAAUAGACAGGACCCAAGACAUGACGGAGAUGCGGCUGUUGUCCAAGUUUCAACCGCCUGAUGUCGUCCCAGUCUCCCAGCCAGAGCGCCGCCCCCACCUGGAAACGUCUGCCUGCCUGUUCGCCAGCCCGCCUGCUCUGCUUACCCACCAUCGCGACAUGCACUGCGAGCACACAUGUACAACGCGCUCGAGCUUGGCAUCGAGCGAGUCCAUCUGCGAUGACCAUGCCGAACCUCCCGAGCACGGCCUUUUGUGCCAAUCACGCGACAGGCAAAAGAGGAGGACUCGACGGGAAGCGCUGCAAGCGAUCUCUUCCAUGUUCGCUUUUUCUCAUGCAACUCGACGAAUCCUAGGCGAACCACUUUACUCUGCUGAUCACGCCAAUCCGCCAAAAACGUUCAUGCAUGCAACCAUGUAUUUCCGUAGUUCUGACCGAACUGAACACCUGCCUAUAUUUUUUGUUUAUCCCGCUACUACGAGUAUAACGUGACGAGUUAGGUUAGCGACGGCAAAAUUGAAAGUACA